UUUUUUAGUGAUUACUCUGAUCUUUUGGAAAUUCUUGAAGAACAACCAACUAAAUGUUUAACUCCUGAUAAUAAAAGAAUGGUUUUCUUCUAUGAUCGUUCAAAACGUUUACGUCGUGGUUAUAUCACAAAAAAAGUAAAUGAAAGCAGUGUUUUAAUCAAAGACUUUGACGUUCUGGAUAUCCAAGACUAUUUGGUUUUAAACAAUCUUGUUUUUGAUGUUCCUGAAAAUUUUCCAAUUUGGCAAUUUCCAGCUUGUCAGUUUCCGGCACAGAUUGUAAAUGCGGAUAUGAUUCAAAUUCGCCGUUUCUGGAAGGAAGGAACUGAGUUUUCGGUUAUUGUUAAUGAGAUAAUUAAUGGCCAGAAAUGUUUUUGUCGUCCACUUCCAAUUAAUUCAAUGGAUGUUGUUGAUUUUUGAUUAUAUUUAAAAUAUAUAUU